UGUUUUACACAAAGUUGUUUUUGCUUUUGGUCUCUUAUUUUGUAUUAGUGUUUCUGUUAUUUUGGAGAUGAAAAUACAAUACUAUACAAUAAUACAGUACAAUACUGUUAUUUAUCCCCAAAGGAAAUUCAUUUGUCUGGAGUCUCAUGAAACAUUUUCUCUGGAAGGACAGUUAACAAACUUAAGCGUUACACCAUCUCUGGUUGACAAAUAAAGCCAGACUUCCUCCUUUCCUCUUGCCCCUACUUUUGGCAUCUCUGUUUGACCUUACGGGAGUGAAGCCAGGUAGAUCCACAUUGGAGUCUGAGUUGUUUUGAUCCAACCAGGUUUUGUAAAACACUGCACUCACGGCAUGCUUUCCCAGUCUCCACCAAUACCUCCAGCUCAUUGCUUUUGUUGGGCAGAGAGUUGAUGUUUCCCAUAAUGCCUGAUAGAAUAAAGGGCUUAUAACUCCAUUUUCUAGCCUUUAACUUUGCCUUCACUUACACGCCGGCAUGGCAACCUCAAAAACACCUCCUGAUGUCUGCUGGGCUGGCAUUGGAUGUUGUUGUCCAGAUUUUCUCUGUUUUAAGGAAAUAGCUCAUCUCUUUAAUAAACUCUUCUCUCCCAGCAGCCAGCAAAACACAACAAAAACAUGAAAAAAUAGAACAAAAACUGAAGAAAAAUCUGGAGGGACUAAAUUUUGCAGCUUCUUGGUCGAGCGCAGGUUCUUUAAAAGAUGCAUGUGAGUUAAAAAAUAUAAAUAAUACCCAAACAUUCUGUAUGAAAAUAAUUAUGCACAAUAUACACCCUUGUGUUUUUUUUUUUUUUAAGUUAUAUUUUGGGGCAUUUUUGCCAUUAAUGGAAAUGGUUUACACACAGCUACAGCGUGACCACCUGUCAUACCUCCAAUUCACCAAUCUUGUAACCUUAACACGUAACCAAAUAGUGUUACAUUGAAAUUCACUCCUGGCACAGUGGGCAUCAUUAGAGCCCUGAGUUACUCAGACCAAAACCCUUUUUUUUUAACCAGGGUGUGAAUGUGUUCAUGUUUUUCUCUAAAAAUUGUAUUUUCUUUUGGCUUCCAGAGCUUCUGCAGCCUGCUGCCAAUGGGACCUGCAGUUUCAAGCACUUCAUUAGGCUAUCUGCUUUAUUUUUCAAGACUGGAGGUUGCUGGUUCACAUGUUCAAAGACAAUAGACUUUCAAUGAGUGAUACAUUUGACAAUAUAAAGAGAACAGGAUGGGAUUUUUGUAUAAUUAUAUGGAUACAUAAAUGUUAGUAACACAUAUCAGCCAAAAACAGCAAAAAUGAAGAUUGUUGGAGGGUUGGGGGGAAUCAAAACCAACACAAACUUAAAGUCCCUCAGAGUAGCUUUAUUGAGUUUUAACCCUAAAACACUAUCACUGGGUGAUUUUCACCUGACCAAACAUGUAUACGUGAUUUUCAUUAUGUUGCGUUUGUCUGAGUAUCAUGUGUCCCUGAGUAACUUCAGCAUUGCCUUUGACAUCUUUGAAGGCAUAUUUGUUUCCCUGAUCCAAAAUCUGCUUUUUCUUGACAGAGGGUAAAGUAGAUUUGGGUGGAUUUGAUAGCUGCAUGUAGGCGAAAAAGGUCAGUAAGAGUGGUCCUGGAAUUUGCAUGCUUACUUUAUUUUGUGCAGUGGUUAUGAAUAACUAUCACAAAAUAGUGAUCUUAAGGGAAUCCAUGUAAUGAUAAGAAAUAUUUUAGUCAGCCGGUCAUUUUUACUCACUCACAAAAUAUGCCAUAUUUUGGUUCUCUCUCCUGCAGCUGUUAUUGUGCCAAAGACCCUGAGUCACCAGGGAAGACUCACAUGCCCCAGGAAUGGGUGGAAAAGAAACUAAGUUUACAGUUCCAAACUUUUUUUUUUUUUUUUUUGCAAGGAUUUUUUUUGUUCAUGAAUGCCUAAUUUCAGUUAUUUGGUUGCAUUAUUAUAUGGUCCCCUCAUGGCACUUUCCCCCUCCCUUUGGACAUUGCACAGUUAAAAUGAAAAGAAAACUACUUUAAUUUGUCACGUGUUGUCCUAUUUUGAUAUAUUUUGAUGACAAGUUCUUUUUCUUGGGGAUAUUAUUUCAGGUAAAAAUCAUCCGGCGAUAGUGAUGGUGUUACUACUUUUAGCGAUAGUGUUUUGGAUGAUUUUCUACACUUUAGCUCGAAUAAUACAAGAAUGAUCGUCUGACUGCUCGACAGUUUUUUUUUCUUUUUCUUCCAAGUUAUAAGUUUGUCCUUUGCCCUCUUGCCUGUUGCCAUGACAGCAGUACUGUCCCUUUAAGACACCCGGAAACAGUUUUCCCUGUGUGUUCACUGGUCACGGGUCCCAAACAGAAAGCUGAGCUUCUUCCCCGGCGAUGAUAUCCCACCCUGUGAUUCGGGCUUUUCGCAGCAGUGUCAGGUGCUGGAAACACCGGGCUCUCUUCAAAGCAGCUCCGUGGGCCUCAGACGUCAGCGGCUGGCGCUGGUUCUCCGCUCCACUUCGUGGCAGUGUCACGGGCAUGGAUGAUAUCCUGGCGAGGGUCGUUGCACCUAUACCUACGUACGAGACGAGAGACAAAUCCCCUCCUCCUCCUGAGUCGAACAGUUUGGAGUUUAUGCACUUCUACAAAAGCCUCAACAAAGAAGGAAAGCUCGAUGUAUUGACGAAGCUGUCCCAGGACUUCGGGGUGGACCAUAAGAGCGUCUCAGAGCUCGCCCUGAAGCUGCUGGACACCCAGCUCAGAGAUCUGGCGACCAUUUUACAGGUCGAAGAUAGGCUACGGUACAGCCUGAGUCCCCGUUAUAAACAGUUACUCAACCAUAUAAGCAGGGUCGAGGGUGGAGUGAAGUUUCUGGUGGAUCUCCGAGCUGAUGUACUUGAAAUACUGGCCUCUAAAGCCAGCGAGAGCCCGCACAUCAGGGUAAAACGUUUGUUUAUUUUUUUCUACGGGUGCCUGCGUGAGUCAGAAAGUGCCAUUCGCGCACAGGUGUUUGGCGCCACUAUGGAAAAACCAAAAUGUAAAAUUAAUAUAAGGCACGUUUAGUGAAUAUAAACAGUAGGCUACGUGUGACUGCUUACACAACCAGCCUUUUCCUCUGAGCCCCCACCCGGCUUUGCCCGCUCACAUGGUUUCACAUUUCAUCACAGCUUCAGCAGCAGAUACCUUUGCCCUAGUUCACCCCUCUUACUUGGGGGGAGUAAGACUGCUCUUGUGUCCAGUGUUGGGCAAAGUGCACAGCUUUAUCACUCAAGUUAAAGUUAGGAUAAUUCUGGUCACGUUUUACUCCAGUUUAAGUUUAAGUUGUACAGUCAAACUAUAACUUGACUCCAAGUAGUGAGGGAAUAGUUCUGAGAAAUCUCAAUGUUUUUAUUGAUUAAUUAUUUCAUAAUGCAUGUAAAAAAUUCAUGGGUGUAUAUUUUGCUUAUCGAGAGGUUAUUUUAAAGGUCUGUGCUACCAACAGAGUACUUACAUGCUCUGACUUGACCACUUUGGUCAACCAGGCUUUGCACAGAGAGAAAAUGUCAUUUUUAUCAAACAUCAAGGCCUCUGGUACUGCCAAAGUUCCCUUUGCUUAUUUUUAAUUCUCUGCAGCACUGUUAGCAUCCAUCAUGUACUCAUGUGACAACUUCUCUAUUUAUACUCUUGAUGAUUCUGAUGACUUAGUGAUCAUGCUCUGUAAUGCAUCUUGAUCAAGACCACGUCAUGCUUUGGUGAAGCAAGAUGUUGGUCCCAAAAAAGUUAUUGCCUUGUGCAUGGUGUUGAAAAAUUAGCCUGCCUUGACUCAGGUGCAAUGAUUGAGUUUCUGUCAGAUGCCUAUGCUAAUUUAUAUCCCAGGAUUAUUUUUAGUUAGGUUUUGACUCUACAUUUAGCCAUGACAAUGUGCUAAGCACAGGUAUGGCAACACCUCUUGGACAAUCCAUCUGCAGAAUUACUGAGACAACUUGUCUUUCAGAUCUGAUUUCACAAAACAAAAAUAAUCAGCUGACUUAAGAGCAAAACAUCACCUGUAAUGGGACCAUUGAUAGAAAUGUUGUGAAUUCAGAAGUACAAUAUUUGAAUUCCACCUGGGACUCCAGCGGGAUUUCUUUAUAUUUUCUGUUGCUUUUGGCCCCAUAUAUCAGCUUUCAGUCCUUUUUUUCUUUUCUUUUCUUGACAGCUUUUCAUCUUUGUUGCUUAAAGCUCUCGAGUUCAAAAGGCCCCGUGGCACCUUCAGACUUGACAUGAGGAGGUUCCUAGCUACUCUGCUGCACAGCUGAAAUAAAAUAGUAGAAUAAAAUAAGUCUUAUAAAGAACAAAUUGAACAUUUUUCGAGGAAAUGUUCAAAACACUAUUUAGAGAAAAGUAAGUUUUAGAAAGAAAACUUCAACCUCUCCAUCAAGCAAACAUUUCUCCUGUGCUUUUACGCGCUCAUUUCUGAAUGGUUAUUUUUUUGAAAAGUUAACCUUUUAUGUGUUUUGUACUUUGUAGUUGAGUUCAGUCAGAUAUAAUGACCAGGUUCAAUCCUGAAUGCAGGUCUGAGAUGCUGGAGUUUCAAUGUAAAGCUUGAAAGCUGGAGUAGUUUACAAAUAGCGAGCUUGCUGUCAGGCUAAUUCUUUGCUCUUAGUUUGUCCUGAUAUGUGCUCUCCUUACACCUUUAUCACGCAGAUGGAGGCAAUGAAGAAAUUUUUAUUCUGUCUGGCUUCUUAGCUUGAUGUUUUUGCCGUUCUACUACAACUGCCAGAAAGCAGGAUACUCUUUGAAUUCAUAUUUAUAUGCAUGCCACUUAUUUUCCGUCUGAGUGGGUUCAUUCUUGAAUCUAAAAAUGAAACGAUAAAGAGUAAAAUCCAACCACAGUUUACCAAAGCUCAAGAAAAGAAAAGCAACAAAUCCUCUUUUGUCAAUAACUGUUUUUCAUAGGGUUAUUUUAUUUUUUCAUUGGGACAGUCCUUUUACUGACUGUUUUCCCCUCUGCUGUUUUAUAAUUAGUGAAAUGAGAGCCUCUCUUGAACUAAGCAACGUAAAACAAAUAUCAAGCAACAGGAAGCGAGCAAUAUACCAGGCAUCUGCAUCUGUUUUGCAUCUGUAUUGCUGGAUAAAGGAAACCGAUUUUAUUUCUUUUUUCAUGGAUUUAUAUUUAAUUUUAGGCUCAAUUUAAGGUAUACUAGAAAUGGGAAUAUUUAGCUCAAGGUCAGAUUCUUAAGCUCCGUUGCUCCCCCAUGGUGGUGUUAGACUUUGGGUCAAGAAGCUCCUUUGCUAGAUGAUUCGAUUGAUCCUUCAUUUUUAAAAAUUUUAUCAACAAAAACUUAUGUCAAUACAAGUUCUUGUGCCCACAACAACCACUUUCUUCCUCUGUGUUGUCCAACUAGUGUACUUCACACAGCCACUCAAUAAAGACAAAAAUUGUUAUAUCACUAGUUUACACACUUCACGCUGCAUAAUUAAGAUUUAAGAAGUUUCUGUUUGCUAUCCAAAGUUUUAGACUUCUUUUUCUUAAUCAAAUAUAUGUUGUGUAGUAUUUAGUGGCUCAAGCUGAACAGACUUGGUUGAAUUGUAUAUGAAAAAAUAAAAAUGAAACAUAACUUAGAAAUAACUAUUAACACAACAAGUUAACUAAAUUGAAACAAGUUUUUUUUUAUAUCUGCACAGGAGCAGGUCUCCUUCCACGGAGGCUCCUAACUUGCACCAUCAAGUUUCUACAGUAGCACAGAAUAGACAAACUGGUAACAAACAGGAGUGAAUGGCAGUGGAAUUUGCAUCAGUUUCAGCACUAAAAAUUAGUCUAGUUAGUAGUUCUUGUUAAAUGGAGUAUGAUACUUAUCAUACAUCACAGGAGCUUCUUGUCCUCAAAGUUCAUCGCCAUUUCACUGAAAGGAGGGGUGAGCAAGGGAGCAUUUCAGUGCAGGAACUGCUAGAUACUACUUUAUUUCCCCCUUUAUACACACUGCAUUUUUAGAUUGGUCAGAGUUUUAUUUUUAGGAGCAGCUUGACAGAAGCCUUUUUUGUGUGUGUGUCACAGGGCACCAGUUGAUUUACUCUAUCACUGCUGCGGUGAUAAGAGCAGCCUGCAGUUUCUAUCAGAUAUAGUCAUAAAUUCCUUAACAAGAUCAUAAAUUUGCCUUUAAAAUCCAUGCUGUGAUUUGUUUUGGAUGGCAGACAUUUAAGGAUUCAGUAAAUGGUGCUUUUAUUUUAAUGUUUUAAAAGCGUAUGAGAUUAAAUGUAAACUUGUUUUACUGGAAUAACAAAACUGAUAACACAAACCCUGAUAAAGAGACCAUAAAGAGCAGUAAUGAGCAAGCUUCGCUUAUCUAAGGCUGUUGCAAGGAGGCAUAUUGUAGCAUGCUGACAUUACAGAGUGGAAGUUUCUUGUAAUCUCUGAGAUCUGUUGUUUUGAUUUUGUUUUUGCUUUGGAUAAGACCCCGAAAGGCCAUUUUCCUCUGCUUCUGCAUUUCUUAUAAGUAUUAUGUGUUCAAACUUGAAAUGAUUUCCAAAGACGCUGAAUGCACACCCGCCAGAGGACUUGUAGCCUCCUCUUCCUCGCUCAAAAUCUAUUUUAUCCCUGCUGAGAAGUGGCUCAGAUGAAUUUAAUCCCAAUAACCACGGCCCACUGAGACCUUUUCUGGCUUACAAAGGUCUGAGCUACCAACAAAGUGCUUGGUCGCUCUGACUGCUGACCACCCUGGUCUUGUGUGUUCACAUCUUUUCUUGUUAUUGCCAGAAUUGAUUGUGCUAAAAAUGAGAAAAGGUCACAGCACCUAUGAGGCUUUUGCUUCCUUCAUUGCUAGCCUCUGCAAAUCAAGAAAAGAGAAAUACCUGCAAAGCACAGAUGGUUUCGAAUUUAUACAGAUUAUCAGAGAUGUAAAAAAUUGGAAUUCAGAAAGCUACAGCAACUGUGGUUCUUGCAGCAGCAUCAACUUGGAUCCCAUGCUAGGUUUGUCUCUCAUUUGGUUGAUUGAUUUUGAUGCUACUCCCUCCUCACUCCUUCUACCUUCAGGCCUUUCUGUCCUGUCCAAAAACAGAGCGAAGAAGAAGCAUUUGAAGAAAUAAUUCUAGUUUGCUCACUGGGAUUUCACAGAGUGUCAGAGAGGCUAUUUUAUCCUGCACUCACAGCCUGCCAGCCUGACAAGUGGCAUGCAGCCCACUGGAGGAGAGGUAUUGGCACACCAUGAGUAUGACCUGUAAACACUUGGGCAGUCUGUGGUCAUUUGGCCUUGGAUAGACAGAGUGUUCUUUCCAGGCACAGAAGUCUCCAUUGCUCUCUAAAAUGGCGACAUAUGGCAAAUGCCGCUCCACAACUCAAGGUAGAGAGGCUGUAUCAGCACAAUAUUGACGCUUCACAGCACCGAUGCAGCUCCGGUGUCAAGAAGUGUUGCUUAUUUUCUCCCUGAUGGACUGCAGGAUUUUCUUCUUUGCCUUCCUGCCUUUCCUCAGCAUUUCUCCUAACCUCAGGCUUCCAAUACUCAGCCCUUCUAUUUCGAAAGAGCUUCAUCUUCUGCUGGGUCAAUGGAAUACACAUCUCAGUGUGGCUUUCCUUUUGUGAGGGUGAAGAUUGGCUACCCAAGGCAGCGGCUGCACACUCAGGGUUGUUGAUGUGGUGCGAUUUCCACUGAAAAUGCUGUGCUGGAAUUAAUGACCAUUGUAGAAUAUUCUCCUCAGGCAGCCUGAGUAUUUGAAGCAACACAAAUGCACGUAUAUAUACUCACUGACAAAUAUACACAUACCCCAUCACAUGGAGAAGUGAUGGAUGUUUUGCAGAACUUUUACUUUUGCAGAGUUAGGUUUGAUUUGUUUGUCAAAUUACCGAGAAUUCCUGCGUGAAACCUCUCACCCAUCGAGCUGAAUAAUGCAGAGCCUGUUACAUAUUUGUGGGGCGGAAUUUUAAAUUUUGUUCGUUUGGGUUUAGCAAGUUGCUCACAGAGAAUAUCAGCCGCUGACUUAUAAACCCCCAACUGUAUUUGAGCUUGUUUGUGUUUGCUAUGAUCAUGAGUGACAAGCUAGCAAUAAAAUAAGCCUGAAGUGAAGUGGUCCUGUGGAACUGCCAAUAUAAGCUGUAUUUAUGUGUUCGAGCCUGUUUGUGUGUGCACCCCUGUGCGUUUGUUUGUGUGUUUGCAAAAGAUUUGCUUUAAAUGAAGUCUGACCUUUGCAGGAGGACAGCCCUGCUUUCAAAUGGCAAGUUGUUUAUUGAAGUGCCUCCUCCACACCCAUUGCAAGCUCAAACAAAUCACUACUCAUAAUGUGAAAACAUUCAAACAGCAUACGGACACUCAGGGAUGGCACACGGCUUCAUGCACAGUGUAAGACUCUGGUAUGGAAUUGUUGAUGGCUCAUAGAAAAUUUUAAGCAGCUCUGCUGUCACUCACAAAAAAAGAGAAGGAGACUGAGUUCUCUCCAUAAAGUGGCCAUGAGGCAGUAAAGUCGGUGUGUUUGCUCAGUACUUCAAUAGUUGUGUGAAAGCUGCAACGUCUAAAGAACACUUUAACAAUGUUUGUCUUAUAAAGUGUUCGUUAUAUAUAAAGUGUUCUUUAUAAGAUAUAAAAGAGUAAUGAGAUGAACUUCUGUAAGAACAUCCUUUACAGUGCACUGAUAACUUUGCAAAACAUGACCUUCCUUUUCUUUUUCAUAGUGUGCUUCUAGUGUACUGAUGAGUGUGUGAGUGUGAGUGUGUAUAUAUAUAUAUAUAUAUAUAUAUAUAUAUAUACCCUUGUCUGUUCUUAGAUACAAGGUCUAGAUUCUGCUUUUACAUUCGAGUGAGAUUGCAAUUAAGCUGCUUUUAACAAGAUAAAGUAUGCAGUGAAUUUUUGAUGAGCAACUGAAUUUGGGUGUUAAUUCUAAACUCUCACUUUUUUUCUCUGUAAGGACCUGAACGGCACUCUGAAGAGCCUGCUGUCUGAGUGGUUCUCAGUGGGUCUCCUCCGAUUGGAGAGGAUCACCUGGAAGUCCCCCUGUGAGAUUCUGCAGAAAAUCAGCCAGUAAGGAGAUCCAUGCACCCUAAACAGCCUUUUCUUUAUUUCUUUCCUCUACGUUUUUGUCAUUUCAUCAUAUGUUCUUUAAGGAUGCUCUAAGGAGACUAUUUCCCCAUUGUUUAAUGGAAAUUUCAAUUCAUACUACAAAACUAGUUGAAAGGUAAGAAAACACUCAGUUAAAAUGGUGCAUUAUUUCUUUGAUAACACAGAAACACAGAACACAGAAUCCAUGUAAGUUUGGUUAGCAGAGCUAGCACCACUUGCCUUUGUUGUGCCCAGGCUGAUGGUUGAAUGACUAUCUGACUUGUGGCUGGAAGAUGUGAAAACAUUCUCAGCUCCGACUCUCGAGCUAAAGGAUGUCAGAAUUGUUGAACAAAGCUCUCUUGGUAAAAUGGGCCAUACAGAAGCUACAUGCCUCCUUCCAUCAGUCACCAAUAAGAAUUUAUGCGUUAUUCCUUCCCAAAUCUUCCUGCCAGGAAGAAGUGCACAAAAAACUUUUAAAUCUACUCUGAAAUCACAUAAAUAAGAGACACUUACAAGGGUAGGGUGUGUCCUAUACACCAGUGACACCAUUACACGAGUAUGAAAUCCAGAAAAAUGUAUUCUUUACAAAUGUAGCUGUAUCCUAUUUUAACAGCUUUUCCCCCUCAUUAGCUUGUAAUCAUGCAUAUGAAGAAAACAGUGUUACACUAUUUAGUAGGGGUCGGUAUUGGCAAGGACCUCAUGAUUCGAUACAUAUCACGAUACUUGUGUCACGAUAAGAUUCGAUACGAUUUGAUAAGAUUCGAUACGAUACAAUACAAUAUUUGAAAGGUCCUCAUGAUUCAAGAUGUGAAAAUACAGUAAUAAUAUAUCAUGGUAUCACAGUUUUAAUCAGUCAAAAACACAAGUUGCUGUAAAUGAGGAUACUGAUCCAAGGACAAACUGAGUCAAAACUUUGUUUCAAACAAGAAAUACCAUUUCAAUUGACUGCAUAAGUGCUACAUGUUACUGAACAGUGCGAAAAGUAUGUGGAAAAUGAAGUGCAAAACAAAGCACAUAGGUGCAGGAAUCACCAGUGGCCCCGCAAUAUGAUAUUAUCAUGAUACUUGGGCCAUGAUACGAUAUUAUUGUGAUUUUUAACAUUUUGCAAGAUAGUGAGUAUUGCGAUACAAUAUAUUGCAAUUCAUUCAAAUUUGUAAAACUGUUUAGCAAAUUUAGCAUUUGUCUUUCCUUUAUGUUUGUCUUAUUUAUACAGUAUUUUAUUUACAUGUAACACAUCUUGUAAACCUUAUGCGGCCAUUUGCGCCCUGUUUGCAUUCCUAAUGUCCUUCCCCAGGUGCUGCUAUAUUUGUUGUCCUAACUUUCUCCUGCUCUUUGAUUUCACCUCUGCCAACCUCACUAGACAAACAGUUGAUUUUAUUUAUCCAUUAUCAUAGAUUUGUCCUCACUAGAAAUUAAUUUAAAAAAAUCGAUACUUGGUCAGUGAGACGAUACAAUAUAUCACCAGACAAAAUAUCGUGAUACUGUGCUGUAUCGAUUUUUUCUCCCACCCUACUGUUUAGUAAAUCCACUUUGUAAUGUGCUGAAAAGAUGAUCUAAUUAUGAGAACACAAACGACCAGCAGAGGGGGCACAUGAGCCUCGUCUGCUUGACUAAAGCCAGCAUACUCACACGGUCUGACUCUGUGUAUACUUAAGUUAUUCAAACACUGCCUUUAAUUAGCUCAACCAAGGUGACUAGAAAGAGCUUUACAGAGUGCUCUAUUUACAGGACCAGCAAAUGAAUGAUGUGCUUGAGUCAGCAGGUCUAAUAUCAGCAGUGCAAGUAUGAUGGUGAUAAUAGGGGGUCAGAGUGAUGAGAUUAACCAUAGCAGAUGCAGUCAAGCAGUUCUUAGAUUAGUAUUGGCAUAAUAACCGUAUGGUAAUGGUGAGAAUGAUGUUAAUGGUUGCAGCAGCUGGAGUCAAGCAGGCCCAGAAGAGCAUUCAGAGCAAGAGAGCUCAAGAACUCUUAUUACUUCACCCUCCAAGUCCAUUUGGUGCAGAAGAAAAUAGAAAGCUUGUCUCUGUAAGGUUAGCAAUCAGCCUGCUUCAGACAGACAUGCUAACUCUGAGCGCUUUUCCAGAUAUGAGGCAGUGCACCCGGUAAGGAACUGGACCGAUCUGAAGCGCAGAGUGGGGCCGUACCGCCGCUGUUAUGCCUUCACCCACGCCGCCAUGCCUGGAGAGCCGCUGGUUGUUCUACAUGUGGCGCUCACUGAAGACAUCUCCGAUAACAUUCAGGUCAGAAGCAAUGGCUGGAGGCAUUUGUAGUUCUUUGUCUGACUUAACUAUACCUGGGAGGUUAGUUUGACACUUGGGAUUUACUAUUUUGUUCCUCUUCAAAGCUGACAAAUGGGUUUUGUGAGAAACAAUCCAGAGACCUUUAAACUGCACAGCCCUCUGGGAACAACCUUUACGGUGCUGACCUUCUUUAUUGUUUUCAGAGAGGAAAAGGUGGUUUUGACAACACUGAAAUUUGAAAAUAGCCCACUGUGUGAAAGAGGGCAACAUUUUCACAGUUUCGCUCUGGCAGCUCUGAAAUACAGACUCCCGUGGCAGCAGCUCUGCAGUGUAAACUCUGGAAGAGAUUAUAAAAGGAGGCGUAAAUCCAAAUUUCUCUUUUUGACUCUACCAAAAUGUUUGUUUCUGUCUUAGAGUAUUGUCCGGGAGUUUGCCACCCUUGACUCCGAGGAAGAUGUGAACAAGAUAAAUGCGGCGAUCUUCUACUCCAUCUCCUCCACACAGGCCGGCCUACAAGGGGUGGAGCUGGGCAACUACCUCAUCAAGAGGGUGGUGCGAGAACUACAGGUGAGAGAGUGGGUGAGGUGUAAUCCCUGCUAAAACUUUGUCCAAGUGACACUGGUUUGACCCGGUGAUCAAAGUGCACAAAAGCUUAAAGUCAUAGAAAUAACCUCCCUGGGUUCAGAUCGAACCUCUGGCCCUUAGCAAAAAUCAACUCUUUAUUUUUCAAAGUUCUCUAUCAACAGGCCUAUCCUGUCAACAAUGGAUCAAAAGCCCAAUUAGUAAUAAUAAUAAUACAACAUUUUUGGUCUAAGUUUUCUGUAUUUUUAAUGUUGGGAUAAGUUCAAGCAUUUUUAAAAGAAGUUCAAUCACAUUAAUAUGGAUAAGUGUGAGUUGUUGGCAGUGGAUAAACAUUACAGGAUAAAAUACAGCUUUUUCAUCAACUUUGACACAAUUGUAGCUCUAUUAAAUUAGAGGGCUUAAACCUCAUGCACAUAACGCUUUUGCUCUUGCACUUGUGCUCGUACCGUUAGAUACAGCUGUUUUAAAUUGCCUUAAUUAUAUAGCAAAAAGACCUGCACAAAUAUAGCUCUUUUCUUCUCUCUUUUAUUCAAAGCAUUAUUACAUUGCUUGUAACAUUCAUACACUGACAACAGAGCCUGCGGCAGUAGGGGAACCACUAAUAUUAGCGAAUUUCAUUCAAACACAUUCACACUGAUUGCUGAGAGCAAUUUAAGUGUCAGAACUGAAAUACCACAGACGACAGAAUACCACUGUGCUGCAGCCGUCCAAGGACAUAUAACAUUAAACAGAGAAAACAAACUGAAUUUAAUCUGUGUCCCACUUCCACUGAAAAGCUAAAAAAAUGUAAGUUUGAGUGAAAUUCUGCUUAAUUUAGACUUUGCUGCAUCACACUGUUUUUGUUAUUGUUUACUUUAAAGUUAAAUCAUUUUUUUAAAUUAAACUGUACAUAUCCGAAGUCAUUUUGCAUAAAUGUAGGUGUUUUAAUGUCCAAGGUCCUAAAGAUUCCAUAUGAUGUAAACCAUAUUAUUUACAGGGUUCCUACACAAGUAUGGAAAAGUAUGGAAGUAACUUUCAAUUUCCAGGUCUUAAAAAGUAUAGAAAAGGAAAAAUAAAGUAUGAAAAAAUAUUUAGGUUUCCAGACUUUUACCACGGUGAAAAAAAAAAAAAAAGGUUUUCUAAAAAGUAGGAUAUGGAAAAAUAUAGAAAUUCCAACUGUGUAGGAACCCUGUAUUUACUUUGUAUUCCAACUAUGUUUAACUUUAUAUACAUUAUAUCCUCUAGCCUUGCAAUUCUGAGAAAGCAAAGUUUCUGCGGCUCACUGACGGGCAAAACAUGUCUUCUUCAAGCUCAUUUGAAUUUUUUCUCUUGACAAGAAUAAUGUGAAUUAUAUGCAGUAAACAAUCCUUUCCCUUCAGUGAGAAGCAGUGUUGCUUUUGUUGUGGUUCUACUUUGGCAAUGCAGAGUCAGUCUGUCAAGAGUUAAAGCCAGACUCCCCAGCAUCUCAGUUGGUUAAAAUAACCAACACAGUUGUCUGUACUCUGUCCCGGCAGUGGAGGACUGAAGAAAACCGUGGUAGCCUUCUAGUUUUGAUGACAAAACCAGCUACAGUUGGUGCUUAUUUGUUUGUUUUUUUUGCUCCUUCAAUAAUGAGGGCCAGCCAUAAAAGGGGAACACACUGCAGGAAUAACACUCAAGUGGUAACUUACCACUUAGAGACAUGCUGUUAUAACCAUCGGCUGACUUCUAUUCAGAGUCUGAUUAUUAUUCUUGUGCGAAGUUUGCUCGCUCAGAUGGAGCACUUGUCAUGUUUGUUUGACGUUUUUCAUGAAGCCUUAAGUAUAACUGAGACAAGGUUAACUCAGUUCAGUAACCAUAAAGUACUCAGCCUUAUCAGCAGAGCCUUCAAAGCACCCCGUCUCGUUAUAGAUAGAUAAUACCACCUUAUCAUGACAGCACCUGUGACACCUGUACAGAUACAGCUGUUAACUCCUGUCGAGCUCCUCACCUCCUCCCCUGUGGUGUAGCAGCUAAAAGUGUUGUUGGUUUCCUCCCCUUCACAGCACGUGUCGCUCUCAGUGGUCUCACAUGGUGAAUUCAAUUAAAAGCCUACACAGCAGCCUUCAGGUGAGGCCCAGCAGGCGCAGCAUCAUCCUAGCGAAGAACAAAGCUAUGACGUGCGAGAUUUUUGUUUAAUUUCUCUCCAAAAGUUUUCAUUUUUAGUUAAGUGUCGGCACUGAAUCAUAAAUCUCACGCUUGUUUAAGCACUUGCUGCAUGCAUACACACACAAACAGAGCUGCAGCCACCAGACAAGCAGUAAUGAAAUCUCAUCCAUCCCUCUCAAUAAGCGCAGAAGAGCCCUCCAUGUCGGGCCACUCCAGCUAGCACUUGUAAAAUGAUUUGAACACUGAAUGGAACAUCAAAAGCACUUUAUCUAGCAGAUGGAAAAAAGCUCUUUAUGGUGCAUCCUAAAAUCAGGUUUCAGAGCGUUAAGCUGCCUCCACUCUGCUUAUUCAUACAAUGAGACUGUUUUGAUUUCUGAGAGCUUUUCACUUAAUGGCAUUUUUAUUAAUGUCAACACACAGUCCAUGGAAGCAGAUACUAGUUUUUAUAGUUUGCUUUUACGUUGAGGGUAUUUGUGUUUGAUGCAAGAAACUGGGUUAUUUUGAGCCUUACAGGCGUAAGUGAUGUUUUCAUCAAGAGGUCUACUAGCUUUCAAAGUCGGUAUCCUCUCCUGUCAACUUCUUUCUAACGCAAAUAUUCAAAGGAACUUUUUUGCACAGAACUCUCACAAAUCUGCUCUGCUGUGGUGUUAGAUAGCCACACAAUAAAUUCACACACUAUAUUACUGUAGACAGGUGGAUAUGGGAUAAAGAAUAUUGACAGGCUGAGCAGGGUGGAGGGGGUCCUAACUCACCCUUGGUGCAGUGUUGUUUUCGUCAUAUUUCGUCAAAUAUUUUCGUCAACGUCAGCGUCAAAAAAGGGAAAUACUUUCGUCAACGAGAACAACACUGGUUGUUUUCGUUGACGAAAAUAUUUCCCUAUUCUUCCACGACGAAGACGUAACGUUGACGAGCUAAACAUAAGUCGGAGAUGACUAAAAUGUGACGAAACGAAAGUGCGUUUACGUUGACGGGACGAGACGAGACGAAAACGACGAACAGAGUGGCAAAACUCAGUCAGUUAAACGCUAAACAUAUAGGAGCAGCUUCAGUCUGCUCUGACAGCUCUCAUCAGCCUGCUGUGCUCCUCCAACACACAGACACACACACACGCGGGCGCGCGCGCACACACGUGCAGUUUUGUUUUCAUUGACGAUGACGUCAACGUCAUGGUUGACGAAAACAACACUGCCUUGGUGGAUUAUAAUUUGCGUAACCACCUGUUAACCUGACACUGUCCCUACUCUAUUUCUUUGUGCAGCUGGAAAAGUCACUUAUAUUCCAUGUUGAUAUGCCUCUUUACAGCCUGUAUCUAUUGGGCCAUUUUCCAGUGAACCUAUUCCACCACGUACCAAAACAAUCAACAAACACGUUAGCAAUAAGCGAACACGAUUAAGUGGAGCGAUGAAAACACAGAAAGCAGUUUUGUGCCUUUCGCACAUGCCAUACCACAGCUUUGUCUUAUUUUUUUUUGCAUCUUUUCUUCCAUUGAGGUUUCAUAUACCGCUUCACUUUCUACAGCACAUGCAUCCUGUUUCACCUCGGGGUCAUAGCCCAAGAUGCAAACCGUGGAGCAUGUGCUGAAUGCAUAGAUAAGUUUGAGUCCAGCUGAGGUGAAUGCAUCCAAGACUGGACAUUCCCAUCGAAGGUGAUGUUAGACUAAGUGAACGGGACUUCUGCAGGAAUAUUUAUGUUGAUAUUUCUGUCGUCACGCAGUUCUUCUUCUUCUUGGAGCUUUAAACACACCAUUAAACAUGUAUUCCCACUGAGCAAUAGACAGCUAUUAGACGUCUAGUAUUUUUUUUAGACCUAAUUUCAACCGUCUAGAUUCUGUAUAUUUUUAGACAGAAUCUAGACGUUGCACUUUAACCCAUUAUUCGAUAACUAUUUAUCUAAAAAAGGAAAUGUGAGUCGUAUUACUGAUCUCCAAGUACUUCUAAACUGGUAUGUUCGUUGUACAAGUACGUCUAAACUUGGUCUAAAUUUAGACAUCUAAAAAACUUUCAUUUUUAGACCUGUGGUAGCCUGAUUUUAGACCAGUCGUCUAGGCUACUUUUAGACGUCUAUUAGACCUCUUUUAGACCUAAAAAUGCUCAGUGGGUUUGUAAAUAUAUAUGGUCAUUUUUCUAUCCACAAUGUGUUUCCUGGGGAUUUUUUCAUAUAAAUACCCCAUGAGUGCAAAUGAUCCUUUAUGUGUCCAAUGGGAGUCAAGCCUUUGACCUGGACAGAGUUAAUGCUGGGCUUCACAUUAAGGGCCUCAGAAUAACCACGGCACAGUGGUAUUAUGCAGCGGCCUGUCUAACUGGCAGGGCAUUACCUCCUGUAAAGGUGAAGAGAGGAGCAGUCAGCCACAGAGGGACCACUCUGAUGAUGGAUGGAUGAUAGAGAGAAAAAGAAAAGGUCACAGUCGUGAUUUAAGGUGAAGGGAGGAGGUCUUGCUUGUCUUUGUAGAUUGGACCCUGGAGCACAGUUCUGGCAUUUAUCCAUUUUUUUCUUCACCCUUUCUUUCCUGUUACUUUUCACCUUUCCUGCUGCCUCUCUCCUUAUUUCCACCACCUUUAUUCAGUGUUAAACCUUUGAUGACUCUCAACACAGAGGCCGAGCGGGAAACAAGAGACCAGGGUCAGGGUGAUAAGGGCCGGAUCUCUGUACGAAGACUGUGAGGAAAAACAAGGAGAGAGUCAGCGGUGCAUGGGAAAUGAAGGGGUUUUAUUUGGAAGUGAAAGAGGAAGAAAAGUGUUGCAGAGUGAUGCAUGCAGGCAGCUCAGGUCCCUGCAGGGGCUGUCUGACACUUCCACUUUUAUUCGUAGCCUUUCACUCCUCUCCCACACCGCUCAGGUCAGACGCCGGGGCGGGAAGAUGGGCAGAGAUGAGGGGGGGAGGAUUUUGGCAAAAGAAAGGAUCGCAGAAGAACACUUGGGAUUGUGUUUGGGUGUUUUUUGUGUGUGGGUGGCAGAGACUGGGCAUGGAAGAGAAGUCGUUUUUUUAGAGGUGAGAGUGCGUUGUCAGAGGGAGGAGGAGAAGGAGGAUAGAAUGGGGGGGGCGGGGGGCGGGGGGGGGGCAGGGGAGGAAAGGAAGGACCAUCCAUCUCCAUCUGUGAGGUGGGAUGGUGAAGGAGUAGAGCUGACUUUCAAUGCCACUGCCGUCUGAGGAACUAAAGGCUUGAGUAGCAGCUUGAGCAUAAACAGAGAAAUGUAGUUUUGUAACUUUGGUCGAAUGUUUAUUUUCCCUUUUCCGCAGCUACAAAGCUGGCGCCCUGUGAGUUCAGAGAGGAUCAAAUCUGUGCUGUCUCUUAUCUGUUUACUUUUUUAUUUUUUACCUUUACCUCUCUUCUCUUCUCUACUCUUCCCUUUCCCCUGUUCUAUUUUUGUUUAGUCCCUGUGUCUGUCUCCUGUCAGGCUGGUAAAGGAGGUUGAACAAAUUCUGUGUUAAGCUGUGUCUGCAUGCAUGUUAGUCAUUUUUGUUACGAGGAUUGGAAAAAAAAACAUUUUAUGUUUUUUAAGGAAGGAUUUGACUGGAAAUAGCACCACUAAGCCCCUCUGAACAAACCUCUGACAUGUUUUUUCACCUUUAUUUUUGGAUCAUUUAUUUACAUUCCAGAAAUGUUCUCGGUUCCUCUGGUGGGAUUUGCUGCAUGGCUGUGCAAACUGAACACACCAACAUGCUGUUUUACCAUCAAGGUCAUGACCUCUCAGCAUUUUUAAGCCUCAUCUCUGUCUCUCGAUAAUCUUACUGAUCACUAUGCACAAAAACAUAAUCCUCACCUUUUGUUGCUUGAGGUUAGAGCUGCCAUGGUUUCCUGUUUUCACCUCAAGGCUAUUAUAGCUCAAAAGUUCACUAUAACAAUAUAAACAAACAAAAAACAAACAAAUAAAUAAAUAAAACUCAAUCAGUCAAUUUAAAACUCCCAUUUGACGUUUAUGAAAUAGACUAAAAUUCUUGUUGAUGCCUUUUAAUGAUAUACAAAAGCAAAUAAAACCAUCAGUUUUAUAUCUGUGGGGGGGUUAGUCCAUACCCUGCAGCUGAAGAAACAGCCAUGUUUUUACAAUUUCCACGUAAACUAUCUACUAGGAAUGAUAUAUUUGACUGUUAAAGUCAGCAGAGUGAGGUUUGUUAAAAUAAAUCACGACCGUCUUGCACACUAGUGCAACAUGCAUGUAUUUUGUUGUUGUUUAGUAUUACGCGGGACCAUAUGAAUUUACAGUCAGUGAUACAGACUAUAUUUGAUUCCUGGCAUCUGCUUCAGUUGCACUUCUUCUUUAAUUUGUUGACUAUGUCCUUAUGAAGCCUUUGAACGAAUUUGAUCCAUUUUAAAGAUGCAGGCUUAAGCUGUUUCUGAUUCGUGGCUUUCCCAGCUGCCGUGUUCAGUGUUCCAAAGUGUGUGAAUUUGUUUGUGAAGAUGAGUGAAGCAUUCCUAAUAACAUUAGUCCCAAAGAAAAUAAACAUUUGAAUUCAAGAUGUUCCUUAAUUAUUCAUGUAUCUUACACCUGGAUAAGACGAAAGCAGUAAUGAGUUGUUUGCUGGCAGACACAGCAGCUUGAAAAAUCUGAGUGGGUAAAAUUUCUGAACUGGUGCAAUAAAGCUUCUAAUAAGAUUCUUCCUACCAAAAGAUCUGAGUUUAUUAUCUUCCACUGGAUUCAUAAUAUUUUUUCCUUAGAAAUACCUUUUAUGAAGUCUUCUGCUCAACCUUUACUUUUACUUUCAGCCUUGAAUCUGCCCUACAAGUGCUUAUAAGGGCUUUUAACUGAUUGUCCUCAAACAACUUUUCACUUUAGUGUAUCAAGCAUUUUAUGUGGUGGCAUGUUUGAAGACAUAAAAUUAAAUCACUAUUAUUUAACUCAUAUAAUCCUGCCAUUGCACUCUGGAUAAAAAAAAAAAGGUGCAGUAAAAAGAGAGGGCCUGUUUGGGUCAUCUCUCACAGGUAUAAUCUAUUUUGCUGGAGGCAGAAGCGAGGUCAUGGGAACACCAUCUCUGAGUUUGAUCCCAUUGAUAGUCAGGAUAUUUGGCUGCAUUAUAAGUUAAAAAUUAAUCUAUGUAUAGACUUCUUUUUCUAAGAAACACUGCUGCCUCCUGCUGUGCGUUGGUUAUUGACAUUGUAAUUCUGUAUGCUUAAUUGUAGCGAAGUGAAAGUUAAAUAACUAAAGAGAAAAAAAGAUUUUACUGUUUUGACAGCGUAAGUCUGGAAACGCCUGGGCUAACCUGUCCCCUCUUCUUCUCCUCUAAUGUCUUCCAGAGUGAGUUCCCACAUAUGGGUCAGUUCUCCAGCCUGUCUCCAAUCCCAGGCUUCUCCUCCUGGCUUCAGGGCCUGCUGAACCAGUUCAAGAAGGAGAGUCGGGGGGCUGACCUCCUCUCUGAGCAGGAGUGGAAGGAGGUGGAACAGGCUACAGACUCAGCCCCGGGCACCCCCGCCAUCGAGGCUCUCCGCAAGUUGAUCGGCACCAGUGAGUGGAUGCACUCUGAGCGCCUGUCCCGCGUCCUGGAACCCGCCCUGAUGCGUCUCUGCGCCUGGUACCUGUAUGGAGAGAAGAGGCGUGGCUACGCUCUCAACCCAGUGGCCAACUUCCACCUGCAAAAUGGCGCCACCAUGUGGAGGCUCAACUGGCGUGCCGAUAUCAGCCCAAGGGGAGUUGCAAACUCCUGUGGCAUCAUGGUGAACUAUAGAUACUUCCUGAACGAGACCUCUAAAAACAGCGCCCUCUACCUGCAGAAUAAAGCCAUCACAGCAUCAGAGCAGGUGCUGGGACUGGUGGGCCAGUUUCAGAAGAACAGCAAGCUGUGAGACGAAGACCCACCCCUCUGCACUUAAAUUUAUCAAUACAGUGACUUCUUUUCAUUUAAUUUAUUUUUAAUUCUGGUGUUUGUUAAAUACACAAACAGCUUGGGAAGCUGGAGGGACAUGGAAUGAAAAUAUUUUCUAAUUAAAAAAUAGGAACAUUUCUCCAUGAUGUGCCUCCUCCCUCCUCCUGUGUGCCGUGCGUUGGUUAGACUAUCUGCGUCAUUAGGUCUCUGGUUGAAGCUGUUGAUUAUGUGAGAGUGCUUGAGAGGCUGAGAGAGUGCGGCUAAUGAAGCGUGAGGCAUCUAUCAAUGCUAUGCCAUGUUCUUGGAUAACAGUGUGUGUAAUGGUGGAGCAGGAGCAAUGAGGGAGCGCAGCUACUGGAAUAAAUGAUGCUGAGAUUCUCUCUUUUGGCUGAACAGACUCACUGUAAACAUGUUGGAUACGAGCAGAAGAUUAGUUUUGUCUUGUUGGGUAUAUAAACACCUGCUGUUGAACUGUUAAUUUCCACUUCAGCUCAAUGCACAGACUGGAAAUGUUGUUUGAUAUUAAAUAACUACACAAAACA